CAUUGUUUCCGGGAGGCGCGGGCAGUAGGGUAAGCGUUUUCUACCGGCUUCUGGUGCCCUGGUCUCGGUCCCGGUAAGCCAGGCAUGAAGAUCACGAGGCAGAAACACGCCAAGAAGCAUCUCGGCUUCUUCCGCAAUAACUUCGGAGUCCGCGAGCCGUACCAGAUCCUGCUGGACGGUACCUUCUGUCAGGCGGCGCUGCGCGGCCGGAUCCAGCUGCGGGAGCAGUUGCCCCGCUACCUCAUGGGGGAGACGCAGCUGUGCACCACCAGGUGUGUGUUAAAAGAGUUAGAAACAUUGGGAAAAGACUUAUAUGGGGCAAAACUGAUUGCACAAAAAUGCCAAGUCCGAAAUUGUCCCCAUUUCAAGAAUCCAGUGAGUGGAUCAGAAUGUCUGCUCUCCAUGGUUGAAGAGGGAAAUCCUCAUCAUUAUUUUGUGGCAACACAGGAUCAGAAUUUGUCUAUGAAAGUGAAGAAAAAGCCGGGAGUCCCUCUCAUGUUUAUUAUUCAGAACACUAUUGUCUUGGACAAACCUUCUCCCAAAACAAUUGCUUUUGUUAAAGCAGUAGAGUCAGGUCAGCUUGUCUCAGUGCACGAGAAACAAAGUAUCAAGCAACUCAAAGAAGAAAAGGGUUUAGUGAAAAACCCUGAACAGAGGAGAAAGAAAAAACACAAGAAAGUAAGUGGCCCCAAUCCUCUUAGCUGUUUGAAGAAAAAGAAAAGAGCACAGGAUACAAAAUCAUCUGCCUCUGAAAAGAAGAGAAAAAGAAAAAGAAUCCGGAAUAGAUCUGCCUCAAAAGUACUUUCUGAAAAGCAGAAUGCAGAAUGAUAAUCCUUUGAAUACUUUUAAAGACAUUUAAAUGUGAAAAAUAAAUUUCUUUUUAAAACUGUGGAAGUACUUACAAUAAAAGACUAUUAUUUUUGUAAAUAAAUAUUGACUCAUAGGCCUUUGCCUAAAAUUAUUCGGAAAAACAACAACUCAGAGUGGAUGGGUUUAGGCAUUUUGGAGAUUGUUCUUCAAUGUAAAAAUGUUGUCUUUUUUCUAUCUCACCAUUGGCCCCGUACCCCCAGGAUAUGCAAAUCAUGUAAAAAAGUCAAAUCGUACAAAAGGCUUGUGACAAAGUGGGCGUCCUUUUUCACAUUUACAGUGGAACAUUCCUCAUUCAUGUAGUGGUUGUAGAAUUUAUAUUCUCAAAUAGUAUGAAUAUGGUGCUGUCUUUUGGUCCAUCCAUUAUUUGACUUUCUACUAGAAAGUGGAAAUUUUGCUUACUUGUAUUACUCCUUCAUUUUUCUAACAUAUUAAUAUUUCAAUCUUUAUACAUCUCAAAGUAUUUUUUAUUAUGACUAUAAACUUUGUUCACCACUUA